UGGUGAAAAUGGCGGCGGUGCCGGAGCCGCCGAGCGACGGGCCGAGCCCCAGCCCGAGCCCGAGCCCCGCCGCCCCGGCCCCGGCCCCGGCCCCCGCCCCCGCCCCCGCCUCGCCGGCCCCCCCGCCCUCGCCCAGCCCGUCGCCGACGCUGGCGGUGAAGGCGGAGGCGGUGGAGAGCCCGGGGGAGGGCGGCCGGCCGGCGGCGGGGGCUGCGGGCCCGAGCCCGGGCCCAGGCCCAGGCCCCGAGCUCAGCGAGCGCCACACCCUGCUCGCCGUGCUGCAGUUCCUGAAGAAGAACCGGUUCCGCGAGGCCGAGGAGACGCUGCGGCGGGAGGCCAGCGUGCAGGAGGCGCUGGACGACGCGCUGAGGGCGGCCGGGCCCCGCGGCCCCGACUCGGUGCACCAGCCCGACGUCAGCUCGGUGCUGUCGGCCUACAGCAACCAGGGCGACCCCAGCCUGUACGAGGAGUACUACAGCGGCCUGAAGGCCUUCAUCGAGGCGGCGCUGGACGCGCUGAAAGCCGAGCUGGCCAGCCUGCUGUACCCGGUGUUCGUGCACCUCUACCUGGAGCUGGUCUACAACGAGCACGAACGGGAGGCCCGGCACUUCUUCCACAGGUACCAUGGAGAUCAGGAAGGUUAUUACCAGGAUGACCUGCGAGUGCUGGCUGGGCUGUCAAAGAAGGAGCACAUGCAGGGCAAUGAGACAGUGCUGGACUUCCGUACCAGCAAGUUUGUGCUGCGCAUCUCACGAGACUCUUACCAGUGCCUGAAGCGCCACUUGCAGGAGAGGCAUAACAACCAGAUCUGGAACAUUGUUCAGGAGCACCUGUUCAUCGACGUCUUUGAUGGGAUGCCCAGGAGCAAGCAGCAGAUUGAGUUAACGUCUGGAGGAAUGGCGGGCGAGGCCAAGAGGGAGGCGAAUAAAACCAAGGUGUUCUUUGGGCUGCUGAAGGAGCCUGAGAUUGAGCUGCCUCUUGAUGACGAAGAUGAGGAAGGAGAAAACGAGGAGGGGAAACCAAAGAAGAAGAAGCCAAAAAAGGACAGUCUGGGGGCAAAGAGCAAGAAGCAGGACCCUAAUGCCCCUCCACAGAACAGAAUCCCACUUCCUGAGCUGAAAGACUCUGACAAGCUGGACAAGAUAAUGAUAAUGAAGGAGGCCACGAAGAGGGUGAAGCUUGGUCCAGACUGUCUGCCCUCCAUCUGCUUUUACACCUUCCUCAAUGCCUAUCAGGGUCUCACUGCAGUUGAUUUCACGGAUGAUUCCAGUCUGAUAGCAGGCGGAUUCGCUGAUUCCACCGUGAGAGUGUGGAGCGUCACACCGAAGAAACUGCGGAGCGUCAAAGGGGCCACGGAUCUCAGUUUAAUUGACAAAGAGUCAGAGGACGUGCUGGAGAGAAUAAUGGACGAGAAGUCUGCCUGCGAGUUUAAAAUGUUACUGGGACAUGGUGGCCCUGUGUAUGGGACCAGCUUCAGCCCUGACAGGAAUUACCUUCUGUCCAGCUCAGAGGACGGGACAGUGAGGCUGUGGAGUCUGCAAACCUUCACCUGCCUGGUGGGUUACAAGGGACACAACUACCCGGUGUGGGAUACACAGUUCUCUCCCUAUGGCUAUUACUUCAUUUCAGGGGGCCACGAUCGUGUGGCACGGCUCUGGGUGACAGAUCACUAUCAGCCUCUGCGAAUAUUCUCUGGUCAUCUCUCGGAUGUCACCUGUACAAGAUUUCAUCCCAACUCCAAUUACGUGGUCACUGGAUCUGCAGACAGGACCAUCCGGCUGUGGGACGUUCUAAAUGGCAACUGCGUCCGAAUCCUCACUGGACACAAGGGGCCGAUCCACUCGCUGGUGUUCUCUCCAAACGGCAGGUACCUGGCCUCCGGUGCUACAGAUGGACGUGUGCUGCUGUGGGAUAUCGGUCACGGGCUGCUUGUGGGAGAGCUGAAGGGUCACACCGACACUGUCUAUGCCCUCAAGUUCAGCCGUGAUGGGGAGAUUUUAGCUUCAGGGUCCAUGGAUCACACAGUGAAAAUGUGGGAUACAGUGAAAGCCUUCGAGGACCUAGAGACAGAUGAUUUCAGCACUGCUACUGGGCACAUCAACUUGUCUGACAACUCGCAGGAGCUGCUUCUGGGCUCCUAUCUGACCAAGUCCACGCCAGUCAUCGGCCUGCACUUCACUCGUCGUAACCUGCUGCUGGCUGCAGGGGCGUACAAUCCGCAGUGACAGGCCCUUCCCACUGCUGGCUCAACCCUCCCUCCUCCUGCCUCUACAUCAAGGAUGGAGGAUAUUCCCAUCCUUGUUCCCCGGUCCCCACAUCCUUCUCAGAAUGAACAAAGGAUGCAGAUAUUUUCACGGUAUCCGUGGCAGUCUCAUAGUUGGCCCCACUCCUGCCCUUCAGCCCAGACCAAGGUGGCACAGCCUCCGCCACGUUUGCGACACAUUGCCGCACUCGGACAUUUUGCAGUAAUGUGAAUGAACGGGGUUGUUCCUCUUGGUGUUUUUUUUUAAGUUUUGAUGAAAUUUACAAUAAAACACUGAAAUCAGGUAAUGGUGUCCUGAGAAUGUUUCUGCAAAGUAAGAAGUACAUUUUCCCUUUGCAAAGGAAAAAUCCAUCAAUGCUUUGCACAGGCUUCUCUCCAUGUGAAUGUUCCUGUAUCAGGACAUUCUUGGCGUUUAAAGCACGGCAAUAAAGGUAUUUUCUUAUUUGCAGAGACAAGGCA